UCUGGAUGUUGUUACAUAGCACCUUGUGAAAAUUUUCACUUGCCUAAUACCUAUCCCAAACUUAAGUGCGGAUACUAAGUGCUCUAACCAAAAUUGAAUAAGUACUUGGGGAUCUUAUAUCCGGGGUUCAUCUGCAGUUACAUCCAGUUCCUUCCUCCCACAUCGAAUUAUGUCCGCCGUCCCAGAACUCCCUGUUCGUCGUCGUCGCCACUCUGGAUCGACUACAGUACCAGCGCCAGUCCGUGCUAGUCUACUCAACGCACGACGAGAAGAUGAAACUAUGAUUGUGCCCCCACCACGACCAAAAUCUACUCCCGUUGAUGAACGGCCUCAGCGACGACGCGGGUCCGGUUCAGCCGAGUCUGAUUCGGAAGGCUCCGAUAAGGAGACAUCCACCAUGCAGGUUGAUAACGAUUUGCCUAGUCAACAAACUCAACAAUCUUCAUCACACUCUCAAGAAUCUCAAAAACGUGAAUCUAUCACGCUCAAUUUGGAAAAUUCUAGCCCAGAGCGUCCCACACGUCCUCUACCUGCUAAAUCCCGGAAAAUGGCUGGAAAUUCAUCCAAUCCUAUGCCACAACCUGCAAACCCAUCCAUGCUACCAAUUCAGGCGCACGUACCCCGUGGCGGUGUUGCAUCAACUCAGAGAAGGUUGUUUGUCAUCCUAGAGCAAGCUUGCUUGGAGGCAUACAGGGUUUCAAGUGGAGGAAAAGGCAAAGGCGGCAGGGAGGGUGAUGUCAAGUACACUCUUCUCAACUGCGACGAUCAUCAGGGCAUCCUCGCAAAAACUGGCAGAGAUAUUGCGGAUGCCCGUCCCGAUAUUACCCAUCAGUGCCUAUUGACACUUUUGGAUUCGCCUCUAAACAAGGCGGGUCUACUGCAGGUGUACAUCCACACUACAAAAGGGGUGCUCAUCGAGGUUAAUCCUCAUGUAAGGAUUCCUCGUACCUUCAAACGAUUCAGCGGAUUAAUGGUUCAACUUCUUCACAAGUUGUCUAUUCGUGGUGUCAAUGGCCCGGAGAAGCUGCUCAAGGUAAUCAAGAACCCCGUGUCCGACCACCUUCCUGUCAAUACCAUUAAACUCACCCUUUCCGGUGAUGCUCCCACUGUCAGACUUUCCCGUUAUCUUCCGACUCUUCCGGAAACACACUCAAUUGCUGUCUUUGUGGGCGCAAUGGCUCGGGGCCGCGAUGACUUUGCCGAUCAUGUUGUAGACCACAAGAUCAGUAUCAGUGACUAUCCUCUAUCCGCGUCCGUCGCUUGCGGCAAAUUAUGUUGUGGUCUAGAAGAGCUCUGGGACAUCGUCUGAUGUCCUCGUCUCCUAUACUAAAAUCUGAAAAAUUAUCGAUCUGU